AAACACUCGCCGUGGGAUGAGGAGGAAAAUCCAGGCAACGCGAGUCAGCGUUCGUCACUCGGCUGUUUCCGUGGGCGCCCGAUGGCCGCUCGGCUACUUCCGCUAAGAAAGCACUCGAGCAGAUCAAGGCACAGGUGCUUAGAAAUGAAAGAGUGGAGUCAACCUUGCAGGUCAGACAGUCUUGGACUCUGUCUGUGAAAACACCCCUGUCAUAAGCAGGUUGUGCAUGUGGUUAGAGGACCUCGGACAGCUUGCCAAGGAUGGGUAGUGCAUCAUCAAAGUUCCGGAAACAUCUGCAGAAUGGUGAUGAGGUACAGGCACUUCAGUUGUACACCACCCACAGUGAUCUGCAGAAGGGCCUGGAUCCCAACUGUUCUUACGGAGACUCCCAUCAGCAUGAAACGCCCCUUCAUUAUGCUUCACGUCAUGGGAUGAAAACUUUGUUAAGACUAUUCCUUUAUGAUAAAGGAGGCAAUCCAAACAAAUCCAAUGCCAAGAAAGAGACAGCUUUGCAUUGCGUGUGCAUGGAGAAAAACUCCCAGUUUUAUAAUGUACAGCGGAGACGAGCCGAGUGCUUGAACAUGGUACUAAGUUGGAGAGGGGCAACUCUGCAAGAGGGACAGGUGGAAAAAGUAGAUCUAGGUGCUCAGGAUGAGAAAAAAAAUACAGCUCUCCAUUAUGCAGCUGCUUCAGGGCUGAAGGAAUGUGUUGAGAUUCUGGUUCAUCAUGGUGCUCCAUUAUCAAUAGAGAAUGAAGACAACUGGACUCCAUGUGAGUCUGCGGAGAAAAGUGGCUUUGACAAGAUAGCGCGGUACUUGGAAUCAAAGAUCGUCUUCUCAACGGAUGUUGAUGCAGAAAUCAUCCCACCUAUAGAAGAAUAUUGUGGUCUGAGGGCUCAAGAUUUGCAAGAAGCCAAAGAUCAGCUUUUGGUUGAGACUGCAGACAUGCUAAGUGUUCCUCUAUUUACAGCAGAGGCUCUUCUGCGGAAUCAUGAGUGGUCACGGGAGACCUUACUGGAAGCCUGGAUGGAUAACCCUGUAGUAUGUUGUGAGAAGUGUGGGGUAACUCCCCCUUCAACGCUUUUCAGCGAUAAGCCACAAGUACAGGAAAGUCUGGCUAGCCCCUUGCCCAGCCCAUCACAUGCGUCUGUGCACAGUGGUGAUGUUGAGUGUAAUAUAUGCACCACUGUGUUCCAGGCUGCUGAUGAGCCUGUCCACAUGACCUGCGCACACCAGUUUUGCAGGGACUGCUGGGAAAAGUAUUUGACCAUGAAAAUCCAGGAAGGGGAUGCACAUCAUAUCACAUGCCCUGCAUUUAACUGCCCUAUGUUAGUUCCAGUGGAGAUUAUUGAGAAUAUUGUGUCACGUGAUAUGGCACUACGCUACCUCCAGUUUGAUAUCAAGGCAUUUGUAGACAGCAACCCAGACAUGAAAUGGUGUCCAUACCCUGGGUGUGGACGUGCAGUCAAGCUGCCUGAGCUUAGUGGACUGGCAUCAAGUACCCCUCGUACAAGGAACACUUUACCCAGUGAUACUUCUAGAAGCGUGGACUGUGGGGCUGCGCAUUAUUUUUGCUGGGAAUGCCAAGGAGAGGCUCAUGAACCUUGUAGCUGCGAGAACUGGGUCAAGUGGCAGCAGAAAAUUGCAGAUAUUAAGCCAGAAAAAUUGAGUGGGACAGAAGAGGAGACAGAGAUGGCAGCAAACUGUCUCUGGCUUGUGACCAACUCCAAGCCUUGUCCUAAUUGCAAGUCCCCCAUACAAAAGAAUGAGGGCUGUAAUCAUAUGAAGUGCUCUAAGUGCAAACAUGACUUUUGCUGGGUGUGCCUUGAACAGUGGAAAAGGCACAAUUCAUCGACUGGUGGUUACUUUAAGUGUAACCGCUAUGAAGUUGUAAAGAAAGUGGAGGAACAAGCCCAGCAAGUAUUAACAGACGCAGAAGAGAGAAAUGCAAGAAUGCAAGAGCUAAACAGAUUUGUACAUUACUACACUCGUUUCAAGAAUCAUGAAAACAGUUAUAAGCUGGAGGAACCAUUACUGCAGACAGCUAAGGACAAAAUGAUGAAACUGGCGGAAGCCGUCACCGAUAUAGCCACAGCCAAUGCAGAGACCCAGUUUGUGGAGGAUGCAGUUCGGCAGCUACUGAAGGCAAGGAGAGUUCUCAAGUGCUCCUACAUUUAUGGUUACUACCUUGAUGGGCCUGGCUACAAAAAAAUUGUUUUUGAAUUUAUGCAGACAGAACUGGAGGAGUGCACUGAGAUCCUAUCACAAAUGGUCAACCGCUUGUAUUUGCGCACACCUAGAGCUCGCAUCAUCGAACAAGCCCGCAAUGUACAAAGGCGGCGUCUAGAAUUUACAGGUGCAAUCGCUAAAGGCUUGGUGCCUCCUGAAACACCCCCAUCGAUGAAGAAAGGCAAGCGUCGACGGAAGUAUAGCAUGGAGACAGAGGAUGAGGAUCUGCGCAAAGCCAUCAUGGCCUCUAUACAAGAAGUUGAUCCUGGUAACCCUUGGAUUAAAGACGCCUCUGGUCGCCACACCAAUGUUAUGGCUCUUCUAGAAUGGCCGAUGGAAGAUUCUGAUGAUUCAGAUUCUGAGGUAUCUGUUUCAGCACUGAGAGAAUAUGGCAAGUGUCAUCGUAUAGGAUGUAAUAGACCCAAAGCAGUGAACCCUCGCACACAGCAGAUCCAUGAUUAUUGUAGUCGGCGGUGUAAGCAUCACCAUGAAAUGCUUGUCAUGCAAGACUUGGAGCAACAGCAGGAAGAGAUCCCUGAAGUCAUUCUUGAUGAACACAUGGACCUGCUGCGAGCUCUCGAGAUGUCUCGACUCCAGUUCCUUCGAGACAAAGGCUUGUUGCAUGAACCAGAGGAUCAGGGUGGGGAGAGGAAUGACCAACAAUCGCAACAGCAACAACAACAGCAGCCCCAAAUACAGGCAUCUGGAAGUCGUCCAAGGUCUAACAGCUCUGCAGGAGAGGUGAAGAAACGGAGCCGAGGAAUGACACCAUUGGAGGAGCUGGACUUUGAACUGCAGCGAGUGCUGGAACUUACGUCCUCCAUAGCUCAGACUUCAGGGGGUGAGACAGCUGCAGACAUGAUGGACCAGAGUAGCCGAGGCAUCUACCUCAAACGCAAGUUCAGCCAGAGUCGCUUUGAGGAGAAUGCAUCUACCAUCGUCACCCGUGUGCCUAACAAGAGUGUGGAGGAUCUGUACCAGUCUGACAGCUGCUCCAAAACCAAAGCUAGUCCUGGUCAGAAUGAAGGAAGCAGCUUAUCAGGUCACUUGGAGUCAAGCCAAGGAGGGGAACAUCCCAGUACCUCUUCAUACUAUUCCCCAGCAUCUGCCUCCCCAGAAGGUGCAUGCAGCAUGUGGAGUGAUGAUCAGCGGGGGAAGCCUGCUGGAGGAGAGGGUGUUUCAGUAGAGGGAGGCAUGUUUGGCUUGAUAAAAGACCUUUCUGUAUCUAACAUUCAUGCAGACGAGAGUGACAAAACAAGUGAGUUUCUUGCCAAAGAUUUCCAAGCCCUCUUUCGAAUGUGCAAAGGGAGUGGUGACAUGAACACAUCCAAUGAAGACCCAGUCGGAGAAAAAGGCAGCUGUUCAUUUCAGAAGGUCAGCCCUGGGUACUUGCAUCAGAGUACAUUUAGCUUUAACCCUACAUUGUCGCUUGAUACCAGUGCAGGGUCUUCCAGCUCUACCAUGUCAUUCCUACCACCUGACCAGGAGUGUGAUGCCAGUACGAAUGCAGCACUCUUAGACCCUCACCUUCAGAACUGUGCCUCUUUGUAUCAGGAUGGUUCUUGGGGAUCAAAAAGCUUUGAUGGUAGCUCUGCAAGUUCUGGUGGGAGAUACAAGCCUAAGAGCUCAAACAUUAAAAACAAGAGUAAUCACGACUUGGAUGCCUCCCUUGCAACUGCAGAAAGUGGCAGGCUAAAACAGGAAAGGAAGUCAGGGACUUUGAGUGCACCUGUCAUUGGUGCCAGCCUAAAAAAGAAUCCAACCCGGUCUUCAGUGCCAGUGUUGUUGUCGCACAAACGCAGAGACGGAGCUGGUGAGGUGAAGGAACAACACAUCUCACUGCUGGAGAUGGCAGAGCAUCUGUUACAGAUGACAGCUGAGAUGCGCUCCCACAUGCAACUUCUUCACCAUGAUAAAGAUGGAGCAAGUCCUAGCAGCUCAAGUGCUGAUAUGUCCCCUGAAUCAUCUCCCAGUUGUCACCCUUCUGGCUCCAUGUGUUUGGAGUCUGAUAUACCUGACCAGGUGCAUCUACACUCCAGUGAAACUGGUCUGGUGCGUGGGAUCUGUGAUGACAUUGGUUUAGCAUCUGAGGAAACAGAAGGACCUUCAGCAGCCCCUCAAGGAGAAGGUGAUAAUGAUGAUGGAAUAGUUGAAGCAGCAGCAUCUGCUUCUUUUGCUCAGCUUGUGAUGGGAGAUGAAGAAGAUUCAGUACAGCUGAAUGUGGUUGACAGCUUAGAUUUCAAUGAUGAUGAUGAUGAUGGAGAAGGCAGUCACAGGGCCUCCUUCUUUGUUUAAUGUGAUAUGGAUCAGCUCCGUAGCUUUGUACAGUUAGUCUGUCUCCACCAGAGCAUUUGUUUCUAGAGACUUAUUUUGUUUUUCUUCUAAAUUUUAAACAAAGAGCAGCUGUUUUUUUAAGAUAUAUUUUCCCAAUUGCUACAUAGUCUUUUUUGUUUUUUGUUUUUUUUUUUAAUUUUUUGUUCCUUUCUUUGUGACCUUUGCCCACUUGCUGCAUUUUGGCAAGAUUUUGAUAUCAUGGUCAGAAAUUAAUUAAAACAUGAUGAGAUAUGGAAGUAAAUUCAACGUAAAGUAUACCCCCUGCAUGAGAAUAAUGAGAUUAAUAUAUUAGCAUGCAUUCAAGUUCACCUUUGAAGGCCGUUUCAUCCAGAGGUUUGUUUUUUUUUUGUAAAGUUGAGCCACAAGAGUCAAAGCAGCAGUACUGUUAAGCCUUCCAGUGAUUUAGUGCCAGUGGUUUUUGCUUGCUGGUUUGUCUGCUGUGUUACAACUGAAAUAGCAAAGUUUGUGUCCUAUUGUUGUUUCCCAUUUAUUUAUGAUUAUAAAGUGACUUUCAUUAAUGACGAAAUAUUUUAAAUAAGAUUUUGUGAGUGUUGUUUUUUUUCCAAAAAGCUUAUUGACACACUGGACCCAGGCUAUUUACUUUGUGAUUCUGAAUGUUAUUGCAUUAAGGAACUGAAAGUCACAUGAUGACUAAUAGUUUAAGAAAAUGUUCUAAGAACUGCACAUAGUACAUUUGUAAGGUCAUUUUCAGGCAUCAGUUUACUUAGAGUUUGUGUAAAUCUUUUAAGAAGGCUUUGUUGAAGACUUUGUGCAUACCUACAAGAGAGCAUUCAAGUGUAUUUGUAUACAUGUGGCACUACUGACAGAUUUGUUGAAGAUGAGGGAUAAGAAUAGUGAAGAGACUUCAAUCCUUCAUAAUGCAGGGUGCAUUGUUGCAGUGCCUCUUGUAUUUGCUAGAAACCUUAACAUUUAGACCUUUUGACUUUUGAACAUUUGCUCUUUAUGUCACCAUUGAAUAGCUACUGAGAGCUUAGGAUGAGAGGAGGAAGGAAAUGUUCAUCAGUGUGCCAGUAACAAAAAUCUUGUAAUUCCAACCGUACAUUUUUCUCUGCCUGGCAUUCAUUUAGCAAAUCACAUCAUGCAAUGUGCAAGAAGCAACCUUUUGUUUUUUGUUUAUCAUUGCCUUUCAUCUUUUGUAUUUAAUAUCUUAAACAUGCAGUGAAAAUUAAGUAGACCUCAUUUAAAGUAACUCAUUCAAAGAAAUCAGCUAAAAUGUUUACUUUAGCCAUUGAAAGUAAUUAAGAUCAAAAGAGAAUGGAAUAUUUCAAUUUUGCAUUAUUAGAAAAUUGUGGACAAUUAUUCUGUCAGACCACAAAAAUCGGAAUUUUGGAAGAGUAUGUGUUUUAAAGAUGAUAGAAAUAUGUAAAGAAACCGCACUUCAAAAAGGAAUCGUGUUAGAAUCAAAGUAUUCAUAGAAUAUGCUCCUUUUGAAAUUUGAAUGCAACCAACAUGAAUUAUUUGACAACAGAACCUACUUGAAGGAAAAUGUAAUGGCAGAGAACCAGGCCAGUUCUUAGCCCCCGCGGGGCCCGAGGCAAAGGGCAUGUGCGGGGCCCUCACGCCACGAUCACACGGUUUUAGUUGGGAUCUAAAGUCACAUAUCAAUCAAAAGUGCGGGGCCCCUUGAAGCGCGGGGCCCUAGGCAGAUGCCUCGUCCGCCUGCCCCUAAGCACGGCCCUGCAGAGAACAUACAUUGAUACCAGUGAUUAAUAAUGCGCAAGUUUAACUAGAUUUAGUUCCUGCAUGGAGCAAAGUAAAUCCAAAACAAUCAUGAAAUCAGCUAGUAAUGCAUCCAUUGUCAGUAGAAUUCAUUUGGAUGAGCGAUGACUACCAGUGAGUUCCCAGAAGUGCUUGAUAUUGAUGUUGCAAUGAUGCUGCAGUAAUACUAACAUGUUAUGCAUGACGAUGGCACCCAGGUUUUUCUCAAUGGUCCUACAAGUGUGUGUCAAAAUUUGUGGCUGACAUGUUGCAGCUGCUCAGUUGUUAUGUGAUGGGAACACUUUACUGAUAGACUUUUGUUACUUUCUUCGGUGUUUGCCAUACUUUACUUUGGAAGUUCCAUCCUGGGGCUUUUUCUUUGUUCUAACACGUUUCCGAGGGUCACACUUUGUAGAGACAAGGUGACUGCUGGAAUACAAUACAAGAUGGAUAUUUUGGCAUUUGACUAUUGCACUGAGGGAAACAGAUCAGGGACAUUGCAGAGCAAAUCUCUUUCAUGGUUGUGGCAAAUUUUAUUUGUCAGUGGGGUGGGGCUGGGGGACCUUUGUGCUUUUCUCAAAAUGUCAUAUAAACUCAUGAAAUAUAACAUCACAUGUAAGCUCACUUGGAGAAGGCAUCAAGAAGACUUUUCUCUCAUUGUUUACAGCCUUUAUCAUAUUUGCAAGAUGAUGCUUCAUUGUGUCAGCAGUGCUAACUCAUCCAUCGCUGUAUCUGCCUGCUGGUGUCUGAUUUGUUCUUUUUAAUGGUUUGUGAAGAUGGUGCCGCAGUAAUCGGUCCCACAAAGCAGUGGGUGCCAUUGUCAGUGACAUGCUGGUCUUAUCAUUUAGCUGGAAACAAUCCCUACAACCCUCAAGCUUAUUUUUUGUGAUGACAUAUGUUUUGAAUUAUGAUCUGUUGUCAGGGAUUGCUGUCAGCAGAUCUAGCUGAAUUGGAAAUGACCCCGUUAAACUCACUGGUCCUAAUUAAUUGUCUUCGCCAGAGUGUAAUCUGCAAUGGUUAUCCAAGGCUGAAGUUAUCCAAAGUUGACAGUGACCUUUGUGCCUGCUUUAUGUAUAUAUAAUCCAGUAACUUAGUCAACGUUAACACCCAUCUUUUAGCAGUAUGUUUGAAAAUCCUCUUUUUUAUAUUUAACAACACAUUUAAAUGAUCUUCAUGGAUUGCGUUUUCAGCAUUUCUUUUUUUUAAUUUUAAUUCUACUACAGCAGAAAAACCUUGUUGCCUUCACUCUGAACAAUGGCCUUUAAAGUAUUUCAAUCCGCUUCCAGGAGGCUUGCAUCACACAAAGAGAGUGCAUCGGCGCACAAGCAAACCCAAGAAAUCAAGUAACCUUCUUUUUCCUAUCAAAACUCAGCAAUCUGGCUUAAAUGUGAAUGUAGACUUGUUUUAUGAGAAACAGUUAAACAACGUACCAUGCAUGUGCUUUUGACCUGGUGGUCCUCUUCUUAUCUGGAACAAAAUGUCUGUGAUGUAGUCCUAAGAGGAGUUUUGAGCCGCCACCUUUUGCCGCUGUCUUUAGUGUAACAGUGGAAUCAACAUGUAAGUGAUUCUUCCACUGAGUGGAUCAGAGCUGGAUACAAUUUUUGCUGAAAUUAUGAACAGGUGGUGCACUUAAUGUAAAAAUAAACCUGGCUUUUAAAUGUAAAAUUUGUUUGACUAGUAUCCUGGACUUCAGUUUCGAAAGAGAAAGUUAAUAUUGUACAACUAA